CAAGUAUUAAUUGUUUUGUUUGUAGAAAUUUUCUUAUACUUCUCAGAAUUUAUUGUCUACCAUUUGUUAAGAUUUAAGAAAUCAAUAUUUUUGUGUGAUUUUAGAACUUAGAAUUAUAAUAAUAAUCCAAUGGUAAUUAAAUAUUUCUUAUGUUAAAUUAAAUUGAAGUAGUGUAAUAAUAGUUGUGCGUUAUUGUAAAAUUUGUAUAUUUUAUGAAGUACCAAAACGUACAUAUAUUUUAUGUGCAUUGUACUUAACAUGUCCUAUGGUGGAAUUGGUGGUCAAGACAAUGAUAAAAAUGGAUCAUACAUGGAUGGUAUUCCAGUUAAAAUUAUUGAAAAGUAUAAACCUCCUAAAAAGAUAGCAUUACCCAGUGUUCUUCAGCAUAAACCUUCAUCUCAAGCAUUAAAAUACGAGUAUAAUUUUAGUUUGGAAAAAAAAGUGUUGGAAAAAAUGUCAAUUUGGAGUAAAUUGCGAGAAGAUUCCAUAACUAAACGCCAUGUUCAAGUUGAAGAGUUAAAAAAAUUAGAUUCACUUAAUUUGCAUAAAUUGACUUUGAUAGAUUCAUCACACCAAAAUAUACAAGUUUUACAGCCAAUUCCUGCUCAAAAUAACUCUAAGGUGUCUUCAAAUGAACCCAUAAUUUCAAAAAAUAUUAAUAUAUCAGAUUUUGAAUCUGAUACAUCCAGUCCAUUUGAUAAUAUGGAAUUGAAAACUAUUAAUGAUUUAGAAGAAUUAGCUACUGUUUUAAAACCUACAUCAAUUCCUUCAACGACUCAAUAUGAUAGUUCUCAGAUCAAAAAUUCAAUAAUUUCUCAAUAUAAUACAAAAUCUACUUUUAAUGAACAUAUAGAUGAUAGUUAUAUAGUCUAUCAAUCUGUUAAUCCUAGUACACAUAUAACUCAACCAUUUCAUACUAUUCCUAAUACAAUGUUGAGUAACAAUAAAAACACACUAAGUGUACCUUUUGUUAGUAUGUCAAAUGUACUUUUAGAACUACAAGAUGACCUUAACUCAAUAAAAGAUAAUCAAGAGUUAGAAAAUGCUACAUCACAAACGCCCAAUUUUAUGAAUAAUAGCUCUAAUUCAUUAACAUCAUCACUACCAAAUCCAUAUAGGUCACUUUCACCUACAACAAAAUCGCUUGUGGAUCAAAUGAACCAAAUGGGAUUUCCAUUAUCUCGUGCAGCAAGAGCAUGCAAACUGUUUGGUAAAGAUGAAUCAAAGGUUAUAGAGUUUUUAAUUCAGAUACAUUCCUUAGAAGAGUCUAGUGGUUACCCAGCAGAUCGAAUAGAACAAGCAUUAGUUACCAACAAUUUUAAUCCAGAUAAUGCUGUAUCAUUUAUGAAAAAUGUCGAUAGACUUAUUGAUUUUGGAUUUCGAGAAGAGAAUAUAUGUAGUGCUCUUGUUAAAUGCAAUAAUGAUCCUGAUAAAGCACUUGAUAGUCUAGUGUCUUAUUGAAAUUAUGUUUAAGUGUGUUGCCUUUACUUAAAAAAUAUUCAUUCUACAUUUUUAUAAGCAUGAAAACAGGUGCCCAAAAUUGUGAUACAUGUGUUAUAAUGCUAUAACAUGUAAUAAAUUUUAUAAGUAUUUAUAUAUUAUACAUGAUGAGUUUUUAUUAA